AAUCGACAAAAAUUAAACUGUGCCUUGCGAGAACGUUAAACACCAAACAUUCAAAAGUUAGAGGGCCAGACCUAGAGUGUUUUUGAACAAGAUGGUGCAUAGUUUUCAAUGUAUCGAAUGCACUCCGGCCGGUCGAGAACCGCUUCGAUUCCAGAGGAUCGAUCCUCAGUCGACGCGUGGCAACCGUCUCUACCCCAUGUGUUUUUAUCGCGACAGAUUUAUCCAACGUUCCGUAUCGAAGAUAGCAGCUGAUAAGCUACCGCCGAUUGCACACACAUGAGGUUAGUUUCGCGCAGAUAGUUUGCCAGGCCGGUGACUGGCAGCGGGUUUUCGCAGGUCUCAUCGCGCGACAUGAGUGUUUCACGAUGAUGAGAAGAAAUGUCGUGAGCCUGAUAAAGUUCUUCCUACUGGCGGUUUUCACCGUAUUCCUGACGGUCGUUGUGUUUCGUUACGUGCGGACAUCACCUAACCAUGAAAUCGUGACACCGAUCGCCGUAUUGGUUGGCAUUGACGACAGUCAGAAGAAUCUCAUCGAUUCCAGGCAGAAUUUCAACGACCAUCUUUAUCAGGACAUUGAUGAGAAAAUAGACUGGCACGAUUAUGAGAAAAUUGAAGAAGAGAAGAAAAGGAGUGGAACGGGUGAACAUGGGAAACCUGCAUUCCUUUCGCCAUCUCUUGAUGCACUGAAAGAAAAGUUAUAUCAGGUAAAUGGCUUUAAUGCUGCGCUCAGCGAUGAGAUUUCAAUGAACCGCUCAGUACCUGACAUUAGGCACCCUGGCUGUAAGAAGAAGAAAUAUUUGAAAAAUCUUGAUUCAGUUUCUGUGAUAGUCUCCUUCCAUAAUGAACACUUUAGCACAUUAAUGCGCACUUGUUGGAGCGUUAUUAACCGUUCACCAGCAUCUCUUCUCAAGGAAAUUAUACUGGUCGAUGAUGCUAGCACCAAGACAGAAUUGAAAAAGCCUUUAGAUGAUUAUAUAGCCAGACACUUGCCAAAAGUGAAAGUUGUAAGAUUGGUGGAGCGUUCUGGUUUAAUUAAAGGUCGGUUAGCUGGUGCAAAGAUUGCAAAAGCAAAGGUACUUGUAUUCUUGGACUCUCAUAGUGAGGCAAAUGUCAAUUGGUUGCCACCUUUGUUAGAACCUAUUGCACAGAACUACAAAACUUGCGUGUGCCCUUUUAUUGAUGUGAUAGCUUAUGAGACAUUUGAGUACAGAGCUCAAGAUGAAGGCGCAAGAGGUGCUUUUGACUGGGAAUUGUACUACAAACGCUUGCCAUUGUUACCCGAAGAUCUGCAAAAUCCAACAGAGCCAUUUAAAAGCCCAGUAAUGGCAGGUGGACUAUUUGCCAUUAGCGCAAAGUUCUUUUGGGAAUUAGGUGGAUAUGAUCCAGAAUUAGAUAUAUGGGGAGGUGAACAGUAUGAGCUAUCAUUCAAAAUUUGGCAGUGUGGUGGCCAAAUGUAUGAUGCCCCUUGUUCGAGAGUAGGUCACAUUUAUAGAAAGUUCCCACCUUUUCCCAAUCCAGGCAAAGGGGACUUUUUGGGAAAGAAUUACAAGAGAGUAGCAGAAGUGUGGAUGGAUGAGUAUGCAGAGUAUAUCUACAGAAGACGACCGCAUUUGAGGUCACUGGAUCCUGGAAAUUUGAAAGAGCAAAGAGAUUUGAGAGCUAGGCUACAUUGCAAACCGUUCAAGUGGUUCAUGGAAAACAUAGCGUUUGAUCUCGUCGACGUGUAUCCACCCGUCGAGCCCGAUGACUUUGCAUCUGGAGAAAUUCGUAACAUAGGCGUGCCAGAAUUGUGCCUGGACUCGAAAAAACGAAGGAAAGACGAACUCGUUGCGAUCGAUGUCUGCAUAAAGGAUAAUCCAAAAAUUAUAGGAGAACAAGAAUUCAAAUUGACUUGGCACAAAGACAUUAGACCAAAGGAUCGUACAGAAUGUUUAGAUGUCUCGAAGGGAGGUACGAAAGCACCAGUCACUUUGUAUCCCUGCCACGGAGGUCAAGGGAAUCAAUUGUGGCGUUACAACGUUGAGAAACAAUGGCUGAUGCACGGUUACUCGUCGAGAUGUCUAGACAUGGAUCCAGCAAGCAAAAAAGUCUUCGUGACGAAUUGUGACGUAGCCGCUGCCACACAGAAAUGGAGAAUAGAGAAAGUGAAUAUGAAAGCUAUUAAUAACUGGGAUAACGUGGGACCCAAACGACAUUAAUUCGAUUGCCUUUUAUUGCCGUAACUUUCUUAGCCCCUAAACGUCUAAUUUAGUUACAUGUAUAAAUAUACAAACAUACGUUCCAUUUUCAUUGACUAGUCAUCUGAAAUUUUAUUAAUUGAAUUCAGUCUCUUUGUAUCAAAAUACAUAUUUUGACAUUGCGAGCUUGCCUUACACAUGAUACGACAUGAAAUAUUGCUUCCUCUUUUUUUUUUUUAUAAGCAAUUCUUACCAGUAUUCCCAUGGUGACACAUUUUUUAACGCAUUUCCAUCGAUGUAAAUACUGUACGAACUCUCUGUUGUGCCUUAAACGUAUAGCUGCAUUUAGAACUUACGUACGUUAUAAUUAUAGUGAUUACUUUACUUACAAAGUAAUUUCGCUUCAAAGCUCAAUUUUAUAGGUAUUUCCUUUUUUAUUAAUACAACUAGCAUAGUUAAGGAUUUAUAAACGAACUGAUCGACAUAUAAAAUUACCUUAUUGCCAAAUUUUUUCAGAGUUAGUCGAUUAAGUUCAUUUGACUGAAGUAAAGCGAGAUGUACAUUUUAUAAUGUACAAGAGUAGACGGAUAAAUUUGUUUUUCGUGCGAUUAUGAGAUCAAGAAUUCUUCUGUACAAGACUUUCAUUUACAAAGGAGCUAAGUAAUGAUAAGUAAUAUUUUUAAACAAAUGACAAUGUCUGCAAACAUAUCAUCUUAUUGCAUAUAUAAUGAAUUAUCGAUCAUUUAACUUUUUAUACGAUCCAACGCGACUUUUUUAUGUAUAUUUGUAACUAUAUGACGAGGAAAACGACAACUUAAUUUCUGUACAGACUCGAAUAAAUUAAAGUAAAAGAAAAAAAAAAAGAGAAAAAAAUUGCCUAUUUUAUAGGAAAUCGUGUAUGUUGUUUAUUCAAUUCUACACCGUAUACUCCACGUUAUAAUAUUUUUAACAAACGUGAAAAAAGUUCGACUGUGAUCGUCGCCGAUUAACCGAACUAAUUAAAGUUACGUAUUUGUGAUUGCAACUAUUUUUGUAAGAUAUUUGCGUAAGUUAAUAAACAUUUUUAUUAAAUCUA